CCUCCCAAUGGAGAACCUGGCACUGUUCCACAAUGCAACAGUGUUCUGGAGCGCAAAACUCUACUGCGGGUGUCUGAAUCCCAUGGCUUGCAGAUUCUGAGCGUGCUCAGGUCAUUCAGGGAGCGAGGCCUGCUGUUUGACUUCACCAUUAAGACCCAACAGCACAGCUUCCCCUGCCACCGCUGUGUCCUAGCAGCAUGUAGUGAUUUCUUUAGGGUCAUGUUUGAGGUGGACAUGCGUGAGCGCGAUGAUGGUUCAGUAACUUUGGGCAACCAGUCUUCAGUGGCUGUGGGUUCCUUCCUUGACUUUGCCUAUUCUGGUGAAGCAGUCAUCACUGAUAGCAACAUAGACAUGCUGUUCCAACUUGCAUCCUUCCUGCAGGUCUCAGUUCUCUCAAGAGCUUGCAGUGACUUCCUGAUUGGAACCCUUGACCUUUCUAACUGUUUGACUCUUUUGGCCCUUGCUGAAGGGUACGGCUCUGCUUCCCUGCUUCGAAAAGCCAAUGAGUUUGUGGUUCAGAACUUCCAUGACCUCUCCUUGACCAAGGACUUCCUGGAUAUGAAGGUGGAGGUGUUGGAGGCCUGCUUAAGGUCCGAUGCUCUGAGCAUGCCCAGUGAGGAGGUGGUAGUGAGGUCUCUGUUGAAAUGGAUAUGUCAUGAUCUCCCAGGGAGACGGAAGCUGUUGCCAGGACUAUUUUCUCUGACCAGACUGCACCAUGUACCAGUACCUGGACUUCAGGCCCUGUCGGAUACCAGUACUCUCCUCCGUGAGGACGAGUCCUGUGUCAGCCUCCUGUCCGAAGCCCGAAGCAGACAGAUUAAGUUCUGUGGCCUCCUUAGUGAUGCCAGGCCCGCCACCACCCACAGCUACAUUUACGUCCAUAAGACAGAGGAGAACAGUGAGAUCAGCCAUUCAUUCUGCUACUGUCUAGAAACAGACCAGUGGAAAGAACUGCGACAGGGACAAGGAUUAUCCAUGAUGCCAGACCCACCAGGCUCCCACCUUACUAGCUACACUGAGAAGAUAUUUGUGACGGGUGGUUGCCGGGGUAAUUGUUGCCGGGCAGUCCGCCUCCAUGUGGCUGAGCCAUUCCACGAUGCUACAGAUGAAGUGUGGUGCUACUGUCCUGUGACAGAAAGCUGCACCCCUGCACCUGCCAUGUUGAAACCCCGUACCAUGCACACCGCUGUGACCUGCCUGGACAGAGUGUAUGUCAUUGGUGGAAGGACCAGGGGAUCCAUAGGGAAGGCUCUCAGUCUGCUGGAGGUGGAGUAUUAUGAUCCCCUGUCUCAGAGCUGGUGCUCAGUCAGCCACCUGCCUACAGCCAUCUACUAUCCUGAGGCCAGUGCUUGUGGCAGCGUUAUCUACACGCUGGGUUCAGAGGUGGAGAUCACAGACUCCUUUAACCCGUCUCUUGACUGCUUCUUCUGCUAUGACGCCAAACAGGACCAGUGGAGCCGUCUGGUGGCAGAGUUCGGCCAGUUCUUUCAUGCGACGCUGGUCAAGGCUGUGUCCAUGAACGACACGCUACACCUUUGUGACCUGUCAUCUCAUAAAGUAUACAGUUUUUGUCCAGAGACAAAUGUGUGGAAGGGCGAGGGCUCGUUUGAGUGUGCAGGGUUCAAUGCUGGGGCCGUGGGCAUCAGAGACAGAAUCUACCUCCUGGGGGGAGACUUCUCCCCAGACGAGAUCACAGACGAGGUUCAGGUGUACCACAAUGGGAGGUGUCAGUGGGAGGAAGUGGCGCCCAUGCCCAAAGCCCUCACCGAGUUCCACUGUCAGCUCAUCAGCUUCAACAGAUAUAGAGACCCAUGGGGGGAGAGCGGGGAUGUGGCAUGA